AUGGCCGGGCACUGGCGUGAACGAUACAAGGUUUGUGCGAUGGGGGGAUCCAAGAGCAAGUCGAAGGACGUGGGCCAGCGCACGCGCAGCCUGGAUGGCACCCUGGGCUCUGGGCUGGGAGGACCCUCUCUGAGCUCCACACAGACCUCCACUAUCCCCACCCGCUCCCCCACCAUCGAUGGAGGCCUGGGCUCACAACACCUCAGCGGAACCUCAGAUAUCAAACUGUUCGGAGGAGUGGACACCAACAACAUGACGUCUCCUAACAGGUGCACAAUAGCAGGUGGAGUGACGACAUUUGUGGCUCUGUACGAUUACGAGUCCAGAACAGCUUCAGACUUGUCGUUCAGGAAAGGAGAGCGGCUGCAGAUCGUCAACAACAUAGAAGGCGACUGGUGGCUGGCGCGGUCCCUCACCACGGGAGAGAGCGGAUACAUCCCCAGUAAUUAUGUGGCUCCAUCGGACUCCAUCCAGGCAGAAGAUCACCUCAGACUAAUCCUAGAGUCCAGAUGGUUCUUUGGUAAAAUAACUCGUCGCGAUUCAGAGCGACUGCUGCUAAACCUGGAGAACAGACGAGGGACGUUUUUAGUGAGAGAGAGUGAAACCACCAAAGGUGCCUACUGUCUGUCUGUGCUGGACUACGACAACACCAAAGGGCUGAACGUGAAGCAUUAUAAGAUCCGCAAACUGGACUCAGGAGGAUUCUACAUCACCUCACGCACACAGUUCCUCACACUGCAGCAGCUCGUCAACCACUACCGCAAGCAUGCAGACGGCCUGUGUCACAGCCUCUCAGACAUCUGUCCUGUGCUCAAGCCUCAGACUCAGGGCUUGUCCAAAGACGCCUGGGAGAUCCCUCGGGAGUCUCUGCGCCUGGACCUCAAACUGGGACAGGGCUGCUUCGGAGAGGUUUGGAUGGGUACAUGGAACGGCACGACGCGAGUGGCCAUUAAGACUCUGAAGACGGGCACCAUGUCUCCGGAGGCUUUUCUGCAGGAGGCACAAGUCAUGAAGAAACUGCGACAUGAAAAACUAGUGCAGCUCUAUGCGGUGGUGUCAGAGGAACCCAUUUACAUAGUUACAGAGUACAUGGGCAAAGGGAGUUUACUGGACUUCUUGAAAGGCGACAUGGGUAAAAUGCUGCGUCUGCCUCAGCUGGUGGACAUGGCUUCGCAGAUUGCCUCAGGGAUGGCGUACGUGGAGAGGAUGAAUUAUGUGCACAGGGACCUGCGAGCUGCUAACAUCCUGGUGGGAGACAACCUGGUGUGUAAAGUGGCGGACUUCGGCCUCGCACGGCUCAUCGAGGACAACGAGUACACGGCAAGACAAGGAGCGAAGUUCCCCAUAAAGUGGACGGCCCCUGAGGCUGCGCUGUACGGCCGCUUCACCAUCAAGUCUGAUGUGUGGAGCUUUGGAAUCCUCCUCACAGAACUGGCAACGAAAGGACGAGUGCCGUAUCCAGGCAUGGUGAACCGUGAGGUGCUGGACCAGGUGGAGCGGGGCUAUCGCAUGCCCUGUCCCGCAGAGUGUCCCGAGUCCAUGCACGAGCUCAUGUUGACGUGUUGGAGGAAGGAGCCGGAGGAGCGCCCCACGUUUGAGUACCUGCAGGGCUUCCUCGAGGACUACUUCACCUCCACGGAGCCACAGUACCAGCCGGGGGAGAACCUCUAA